AUGGGAGCCCUGGAUGGGAAGCACGUCGCCAUUCGAAAACCACCAUCAAGUGGAAGCCUGUACCAUAACUACAAGGGCUUCUUCUCCAUCGUUCUGUUAGCACUGGUAGACACCAACUGCAGGUUCCUAUGGAUAGAUGUCGGUGGGAUGGGCCACAUGUCUGAUGCCCAGAUGUUCAACGACUCGGGGCUUAAAGAAUGCAUCGACGACGAAACCACCAACUUCCCCAGACCUGAACCACUCCCAUACAACGACGCUGACACGCCAUACUUCCUUCUGGGGGACGAUGCUGAUUCCCUCAGAAAGUACUUCAUGAAGCCAUACUCCAGACGAGGCCUUGCAGAGGAAGAAUUGGUGUUCUACUACAGGAUAUCCAGAGCACGCAGAGUCGUUGAGAAUGCCUUUGGCAUCUUGGCCAAUCGCUGGCAAUGCCUUCUAUCUACACGGCAACAAAGACCAGACGUCGUGAGAAGUAUGGUUGAAGCUGCUGUCUGCCUUCACAACAUCAUGAGGACGAAGUACAAUGUCAACCAGGAUGCACUUGUACACAGAGAAGACGAUGACCACAAGAUCAUCCCUGCAUUAUUUGGCCAAUGUGAUGGGUCCCAACAGAGACACUGUAGAGGCAAAGAAACAGCGAAACUCUACUUCAACAGUGAUGUGGGACAAGUUGCUUGA